GUGACCGGGGCCGUUUCCUGGCCUGCGAUAUCGCCCCGAACAAAGGUGGCGGUGAGAAGCGCGCCCGGCGAUCCGCCUGCCUCCGCCCGCGUCUUCCCUUCUGCCUGGCCGCCGAGCCGCCGGCCCUGACGCUCGAGAUGAUGGCGACGGCGUCUACCGAGGGCGAGUACGAGUCCGUGCUGUGUGUGAAGCCCGAGAUCAGCGUCUUCCGGAUCCCCCCGAGGGCGUCGAAUCGGGGAUACAGGGCCUCUGACUGGAAACUGGACCAGCCAGACUGGACGGGGCGCCUUCGCAUUACCUCUAAAGGCAAAAUUGCUUAUAUAAAACUAGAGGACAAAAUUUCAGGUGAGCUUUUUGCCCAAGCUCCGAUAGAUCAAUAUCCUGGCAUUGCUGUGGAGACUGUGACUGAUUCCAGCCGGUACUUUGUCAUCCGGAUUCAGGAUGGGAAUGGGCGAAGUGCCUUCAUUGGCAUUGGCUUUGGAGACAGGGGGGAUGCCUUUGAUUUCAACGUUUCCCUGCAGGAUCAUUUCAAGUGGGUGAAACAAGAGACAGAAAUCUCCAAGGAGUCCCAGGAAAUAGACAGCCGUCCCAAGCUUGACCUAGGGUUUAAGGAAGGACAGACCAUUAAAUUGAACAUUGGGAACAUGCCAACAAAGAAAAGUGGGUCAGCCAAGCCACGUCCAGCUGGAUCAGGGGGACCAAGCCUACUUCCACCACCUCCUGGGGGCAAAAUUGCUCCUCCUCCUGUCCCCCCUCCUUCCUCGACUGCCAUCUCUAACCAUGUUACACCACCACCAGUGCUGAAAUCCAGCAACGUGGGCAGCACAGAUAUUCUUCUAGACUUGGACUUGCCACCUGCUGUUUCAAAGGCCCCUGCACCUGCUGUGGUUCCAGCCACAACAGACCUCUGGGGAGACUUCAACACUGCAUCCAGCACAGUUCCCAGCCAAUCUCCUCAGCCCCCCAAUUGGGUCCAGUUCUGAAGAUUUUGAGUUGGUGCAGUAGGAACGGACCAAUGACCGAGGCUCAUCGGGCUCUAAGAGGGACGGGAGUGUGCCGGUGUCCUUGGCUCUUCAGUCAGAACACAAUUUCUGGACGAUCUUCCUGUUUUUGUUCAUGUUUCCAUUUGCAUUGACACUCAUAGUUUUUUCUCCCAUGGAACAGAACGGCAGAAAGCUGGGAGUGCUUCAGAAUGCUGCCCUGGGGUAACUUUGGAAGAGGCGAAAGGCUCUGGCUAGCUUCUAUAAAUCUACCUUCCUCCUUCAUGGCUGUAGAGGAAAACUAAAUUAAUGCUGUGUGGGAUAGGAGAAGGCUGUGCAGACUAGGCUUGUCAUUUGGUUUUUCUAGCCAGGUGUAGCUCCUUUCUCUUCUCCAAAUCUCCCACAGCAGUUAUGAUUUUAGCAAACACAGGUAGAUCGUGAUGGUGUAUUUGACACUAGUUCUUGUAUAGCAACCAAGGAGGAAAACAAAAGCCAUUCUUAAAGUAGUAAUCCUGGAACGGGUUGCUUUGUCAUAGCAUCUUUAUCAUGGAAUUAAUUCAGCCCUUCCUCAAAUGUUUUUUUCCCUCCCAUUAUAUCUGUGGUAGGGAAGGGAAGAUGGAGGUCUAUGCGUCAGCCUAUCUAUGGUGCAUUUUGACUUUCAUCACCCUUGUUUCCUACUGAUCGAGCAUCUGCAAAUAUCCCUGACUUUUCCCCUGCCUGCCCCCACAUCCCUAGCACUAAAUAUACGUUGUGGAACCUUUUAAAACUGGAAAUGUGUAGAAAUAGCAGCAACAUGCCAGAAACUGUUGCCUCCAUCCUUACAGGGAACCAUAGCAAUGCUUCUGCCCACCAGGGAGCAGCAGCUGUCCUGGUUCUUCUAGGAAUCCUGUAUCUCGAUAAGGCAGCUCAACUCUGACCUCCGUUUGGUGUGAUGUCUGCAUUUGGGAACUGUCAGCUAAUGUAAAAGAAGUCCAAAUGCUUCACUGCUUGCUUAUGGCUUAAUGGAAGAUUGACCAAUUGACCAAAGCAACAGAAAUGCCACUGUGCGAACUUCCAAAAAUGAAUAUCAGUGCUUGAGGGAUUUAACUUUUGGAUUGUACUUUCUGGCCAGUGUGAUUUAACUUGUUUCAUGUUAAUAGUUUCUCCCUAGCAAAUAUGAGUGGAUCAUGAAGGCUUUGGGGGCAUUGUCCCUUCCUCAGCCCACAUUCUGUGCAAAGGUUUUUUAUUUUAUUCAAUCUCCAUCCUUUCCUGUCCUGAGAUGCUCAGGUUGUUGUGUAGGUUUGCCUUUGCCCCCCUCCCCCCUUCAUUGCACUUUAUGGACUGGAAAUGGCUAAAAAACAAAAAAAGCACCUGCUUUGCUUGGCCCUUCAGCAAAAAGACCACAUUAUUGCAGAACGCUAGAUUUGUAAGUUUCACAGUGGGCUCUUCUUGUGAUGCCAAUAUCACCUGGCGGCCUGUGUAUGUACACAUAGGUGGUGUCCUCUGUUACCCCAUGGUUUGGUGCUCUUAGGUGGUUGAAUUAGCGCACGUAUGAAUAAUCUUCUGAUGUUUCUCCUUUGCUCAUGUACUUGACAAUUCCUUAAUGCCAGAACAGCAGAGAGGAACCUGGUCCAUGAAUAAUUGGGGAGGAAAUACUUUUAAACAUUUUAUGCACGUCUCAAUACAUGCUUUAAAUGCCCAGUUAUUCAUCACUUCUACCACCACCUUAUUCUUAAGCUUAUCUGUUCCUAGAACUAGUUGUAUAUCUCCAUCUUCUUUAUUUUACUACUGGUUGGUUGUAAACUGUUUCCCAUCCACUUUAAGCUCCUUUUUGUGUGGUAUCAUAUAUGCCAGGCCAACAAUUCUAGAAUUUGGCUGAAUAUUCCAUAUCAGUGACAGGUCCUGUCAUUUCAAUAAUUUUGUGUUCAGACGUCAAGAAAUUAGAUACCCCAAAGAGAUAAUCAGGAGUCUCUCCCUCUGUUUUUUUUUAAAAAAACUAGUAUUAUCAAGAUAAUAUAUAAUGUACUGGCACAAAAUGAAGUAAAACUUCGUGUAUAUGUAUAUAAAGCAUAAGAUGUACUGGUUCAAUGGUAGCAAAUAAAAUCAAGAAUAAAAUUGGAAAAGCAUGUA